AUUUUCUUACACAUGGAAACACUUUUCAGGUAACUGGGAGGAGAGAUAGGGCAAAACCCUUGCCAUUCAAGAUGGAAGGGACUGGACCAUGGGGUUUUGCCGGUGCAAAUGACGGCAAUCCAAAAAUCAGUGCCAAGUUUGUUGCACCUUGCUACUAUUUGAAUAAAAUUGAGAUCGACACAAAGCUCCCUCUCGUGGGUAAUCAAAAAUGGAUAAUAUGGAUAUGUUCCUUUAAUGUUCCAAUGGCACCUGGAAAGACACGCUCAAUUGUUUGUAGUGCUCGAAAUUUCUUCCAGUUCACAAUGCCAGGUCCUGCAUGGUGGCAGGUAAGGCUUCAUUCUGAAGAUGGAAUAUGUGAAAAUGCAGUGACACAAGAAGAAUUUAGAACAAUGCACAUUAUUGCCCUAAAUUUUGCAUACUUGUCUUAUUAUAACCAAGUAAUGGUUUCUUUCUUGCUCGUGAAAGAACAAUGCCAAUUUUUUUUAAGUAGGUGCAUAAAAGGUCAAUAGGAGUAAUGAGUGGAAGGGUAAUGAGGGAGCGAAGACAGACAAACUCCUAUGCCUUGUGCAAAGGUGUGAG